GGCUACUAAUGUUCAACUUGGAGGCGCAGGUGUCAAACCGAAACUGCCCGCAUGUAAAUUUCAUAAUUCAGUUUUCAAGACAGUGCUUACACUACGCAUAACAAGCCAAGAGUUUCGGCGAGCUCUUCCUGUUAUCAAGUUAAAAAUAGUAGCCUAUCUCUGACAAUAGUGAAUUGAAUUCAGUGCUUAUUCACUGAAGUUCUUGCAUAAGUGAUGCCUCAAAUCACGUCAGGUGUGAUCUUGCAGCUGACGCUGCUGCUGUCAGCUUUACCUGCGCAGUAUCUCAUCUCCAUGUGGACGAGCGGCACCGAGGCACAACGACACAUCGCCACGCGGAGCAUCCUUGACACAUGGGACUCUAUGAGAGGAUCCUACUUGAACUCGACUGCUUGGGUCGACUGGCUAAAUACCUGGAUUCCUAAACUACCGUCCUUCGGAGAGGAAGAGGAACAGUACCCAACUCUGGAAGAAGCGCUCGUAAUCGAAAUGUUGAUGCAUGAUAAUGAGCAAGGCUACUUUGGAGUCUCAAGGGAAGUGCGAAGCCCCAGGCCUGCAUACGUGCUGCACCGUGUGGGUCAAGUUAUCGUGGAGACACAGAAUAAAAUGGUUGGGGUGAUAGUGGGCUGGGAUGCAGGACUCCGAGCCCCACCAGAGUGGAUCAAGAGAAAGAAAUUCUCAGACUCAGAGCUUGAGAGAGCCAAGGACACUCCUCAUUACAGAAUUCUGUUCAGUGGGCCUGAUUCCUCAUCACUACUGAUCGGAUACAUUCCCCAGAAUAACGUGAAGCUCUUUCAAGGCUUGGAGCCGGACAUUCCUACUCUAGAACACUAUUUUUCACACUUCGAUGGGGAAAAGUUUGUUAUGGAGGAAGGGUUGCAAGAAAUCUACCCUCACGAUUGAAGGAGU